UUUUACUGGGACAGUUCCUGGCACUCAGCUAAGGAGCCCGCAUCUUGGCAGGGGCUAGGCCUGGAGUGGAGUUGAAAGGAUUGGCAUGGAGAGUCUGUCACCUGAGGGACGACCUGACCAUCAUCACCAGGUAGGGGAGGCCUCAGCCUGCUGGCAGCUCACUGUGACUGUCCUGGAGGCUCGGCGGCUGCGUGGACAUGACCUGUUGAGUGAGGCAGACCCAUAUGUGAUCCUGCAGCUGCCAACCGUUCCUGGAACAAAGUUCAAGACCAAAACAGUCACCAACUCCAGUCAUCCUGUAUGGAAUGAGACCUUCAGUUUCCUUAUCCAGAGUCAGGUCAAGAAUGUUCUAGAGCUGAGUAUCUGUGAUGAAAACUUAAUCACGAAGGAUGAUGUCUGCUUUAGGGUUUUCUAUGAUGUCUCAGAAGUCCUCCCUGGCAAGCUGCUCAGGAAAACCUUCUCCCUGGAUCCCCAGAGACAGGAAGAGUUGGAUGUGGAGUUCCUGAUAGAAAAAAUGUCCAGCUAUCCAGAAAACCUCAUCACCAACAAUGUCCUUGUGGCCCGAGAGCUGUCAUGCCUGAAUAUCUGCCUGGACAGAGCGGGGAGUACAGCACUGACUGCAGGACAGGACAAACUGGAAUUGGAGCUGGUGCUGAAGGGGUCAUAUGAGGACACACAGACAUCCACCCUGGGCACAGCCCCUGCCUUCCGCUUCCACUACCUGGCAGCCCAAGAUGCAGAGCUGAGUGGGCACCUGAGGAGUUCCAGAAGUAGUGGAUCGAAUUCGGACAACUCAUCUGGGCACCUCACUGUGCCCUUGAAGUCCUUGGCCAUAGGGAAAGAGGUGACCAUCAAUGUUCCUACAACAAAUGCUCCAGGAGUGAGGUUGCAGCUCAAGGCAGACAGCUGCCCUAAGGAACUGCCUGUUCGCCUGGGCUUCGAUCUGUGUGCUGAGGAAGAGGCCUUCCUGAGCAGGAGGAAGCAAGUGGUGGCCAAGGCCCUGAAGCAGGCCCUGCAGUUGGACAGAGACCUGCAGGAGGAUGAGGUCCCUGUUGUGGGCAUCAUGGCUGAAGGAGGAGGGACCCGUGCCAUGACCUCCCUCUACGGCCACCUAUUGGCUCUGCAGAAGCUGGGUCUCCUGGACUGUGUGACCUACCUCAGUGGCAUAUCAGGUGCUACAUGGGCGAUGGCCCACCUGUACUGGGAUCCUGAGUGGUCGCAAAAGGACCUUGAGGGACCCAUCAGCCAUGUCCGGGAACAUCUGACCAAGAGCAAGCUGUCAGCCUUCUCCCCAGAGCGCCUGGAGAUCUAUCGCAGAGAGCUGCAGCUGCGGGCUGAGCAGGGCCACUCCACCACAAUUGUGGACCUGUGGGCCCUGGUGCUGGAGUCCAUGCUGCAUGGCCAGGUUGUGGAUCAGAAGCUGUCAGGACAGAGAACAGCACUGGAGCGGGGUCAGAACCCUCUACCUCUUUACUUGAGCCUCAAUGUCAAAGAGAACAAUCUGGAUACCUUCGAAUUCAAGGAGUGGGUUGAGUUCUCCCCCUAUGAGGUCGGAUUCCUGAAGUAUGGAGGUUUUAUCCCUCCUGAGCUCUUUGGUUCCAAGUUCUUCAUGGGGCAACUGAUGAAGAGGCUCCCUGAGUCCCAGAUCUGCUUUCUAGAAGGUAUCUGGAGCAAUAUUUUUUCCCUAAACUUGCUGGACACCUGGUAUGGCCUCACCUGCUCUGAGGGGGACUGGAAGCAGCACAUUAAGGACAAGAUCCAGAAUGUAGAGAAGGCACCUGUAGCCUCCUCUGCAACCUCCUCAUGGAUGGAGUCCUCCUGGCUGAAGUCUGGAUCAGCACUGGCCCAGGCAUUUAAGGGCUUCCUGACUAACAGGCCACUCCACCAGUGUGAGGCCAACUUCCUCCAUGGCCUCCAGCUGCACCGGGACUACUGCAACCAGAAAGGCUUCUCCACCUGGUCAGACUUCCAGCUAGACCCCAUCCCCAGUCGACUGACCCCCCAGGAACCCCAGCUCUGCCUGGUGGACCCGGCCUACUUCAUCAACACCAGCUUUCCUUCCUUACUCCGGCCCGGUCGCAAGAUGGACCUCAUACUCUCCUUCAACUGCUCCCUAAACUCACCCUUCGAGGCGCUGCAGCAGUCGGAGCUGUACUGCAAGGCCCGGGGGCUGCCCUUCCCCCAUGUGGAGCUCAGCCCUGAGGACCAACUCCAACCCAAAGAGUGUUACCUCUUCUCAGACCCCACCUGCCCCGAGGCCCCUGUCUUGCUGCAUUUCCCACUGGUCAAUGUUUCCUUCAAGGACUACUCAGCUCCUGGUGUCAAGCGCAGCCCUGCAGAGAUCCCUGCUGGCCAAGUGGAUGUCACCAAGGACACCUCCCCCUAUGCCCUGUGCAACAUGACCUACAAGAAGGAAGACUUCGAUGGUCUGCUGAGGCUCAGUGACUACAAUGUGCAGAACAGCCAGGCUGCCAUCCUGCAGGCCUUGAGGACUGUUCUGAAGCGCAGGGCCCCUGAGGCCAGGCCUUCAAACGCACAGAUGUAAGACUGCUCAGGAACUCCAAGACUCUGAGGGCUACAUUCUGACCCUCUGAAGGCUGGGAGCUUAACCCAGUCUGCAAGCUGGGCGUAGCCACAGCUCUCUGGCUGAAGUUCUCAGCUCUCCUAGGCCGGGGCUACCUCACUCAGGUCCUGUUCAGGGCAGGCUGCAUCCCACCCACCAUUCUCCCUCAUGUUCACAGCUAGCUCAAGAGGAAGUAGAAAGAAACUCUACUAGGCCAGUGUGUAGAGGAGCUGGUCAUACCAGACAAGCUUUCACAAGUAGUUACUUUAAUUCCUGAGCAGGAUGGAUUUGGGAUGGCUUUAGGCACUAGGAAUCAAUCUCUCUCUCUCUCCCUCCCUCCCCACCCGCCCCUCUCUCUCACACACACACACACACACCUGCCCCCUCCCAUUCAGUAUAAAGUCUUGCACUCAUUCAAGUUUAUUCUUAAGUAUUUUAUUAUUGAUGGAUUACAAAUAGAACUGUCUACUUCAUUUCUUUUUCAGAUUGUUCAUUGCUAUGCUCUAGAAGCACAUUUCAUUUUUGUAUAUUGAUUUUGUAUUUUGUAAUCCUGCUGAACUUGCUUCCUAGCUCUCAUACUUUCUUAUAUUCCUUAGAACUUUCCAUGUCAUCUGCAAAUGGAGAAGGUUUCACUUCUUCUUUUUUUCUGAUCUGAAUGCCUUUUAUUAUUAUUUUUCUUUCCUAAAUGACUGGAACCUCCAGCAGUAUUGAAUGAAUGUGGCAGGAACAGACAUUCUUGUUUUGUUCCUGAUAUGGGAUGAAGGCAUUAAGUCUUUCACCAUUUAGCUGUGGGUUUUUCUUACAAGUUCUUUAUCAGAUGGAGAAUUUUCCCUUAUAUUUCUAAUUUGUUGAGUGAGGUUUUUUUUAAUUAUGAAAGGUAUGAAAUUUUGUCAAGUGAUUUUUUUGUGUGUCUGUUGAGAUAACCA